AUAAUAUUUCUAGUAUUCUACAAAAACAAAUCAUUGCUCACUUGCUGUAUUAUUAAAAAUUGCUACUUUAGCCAUUCUUCAUAAAAUCAAUUUUAAAUCACUAUACACGAUUGAUAUCUUAUAUAAAUUCUCAUAGGAUUGUGAGCCGCGUUGUGGUAUCAAAUUCUAAUUUCAAACAAUCUUAAUAAAAUAAUAUCAUCAUGGGCGACUGGAAUACAGUGACAAUAUUGAGAAAAAGGCCACCAAAGCCUUCGACAAUGAAAUCAGAACAGGCCAUAAACAAAGCUAGACGUGAAGGUGCGGUAAUCGAUACUCAAGUGAAAUGGGGUGCCGCUACUAACAAACAUCAAGUUACAACAAAAAAUACUGCAAAAUUGGAUCGUGAAACUGAGGAAUUAAAACAUGAAAAAGUGCCUAUUGAUUUGGGCCGUCUUAUACAACAAGGACGACAAGCUAAAGGCUAUAAUCAAAAAGAGCUGGCUACUAAAGUUAAUGAAAAACCACAAGUAAUUCAAGAUUAUGAAGCUGGACGUGGAAUACCUAAUCAACAAGUUAUUGGAAAAAUUGAAAAAGUGCUUUGUAUAAAAUUAAGAGGAAAAGAUCGUGGCCAAGCACUUCUACCCCCUAGCACCAAGAAGUGACGGGCUUGGGGGAGUAUUAACUCAAAAGUCACUAAUUUCACAUUAAAUACUAUUAAUUAUGCUUUAAAUAAAAGAAAUUGUUGUGACAAAAAAAAAAAAUUACCUUCUUAUUUUAAUUAAUUUUACUUUUUUUAUUAAGUUUGAGCUGGUAAUACAAAUUUUUUUUUUUUUGUAAUAAACAUUUUUCAUAAUAUAGCAUAUAUAACUAAUAGUUUUGUGUGUAUCUUGUACUUUGAUAUUCUGUUUUAAAAGCACAAUUUUAAAAUAAAAAGAUUUAAACUACAUAA